UUGAAAACAUGGCUGCGCCCAGGUGACGUGGAUAGUUGGGUUUAAUUGUAAGCAUCUUUUUGUGUUUAUUUUUGUUUUAAUGCCUUUGCGUAUAUUUAAAGGUAUACUCACACCUGCAAUGUAGCACCGGAAUGAUGGGCGAAGUUGCCACUCACAGUCAACAGAUUGAUUAAAACAAUAUUUGGGAGCGACAAACAUGAUGGUUAUCACUUACGUUUCGUUCAUCAUCCUAAGCAUUGGCUGUCUGGCACUAGUAUUCUGGACAAAUAAGCAAAAGAAUCAACCUCCAAUCGGAAACAACCCAAGUUUUAUUAAGUUCCAAAAUGGAUAUUUCGCUGCCUAUUUUCUGGCCUUAGCAGCCGAUUGGUUACAAGGACCAUAUCUUUACAAACUAUAUAGCCACUACGGCUUUCUAGAGGACCAGAUAGCAGUGCUGUAUGUGUGUGGAUUUGUAUCAUCAGUGUUGCUUGGGACAUGGGCACCUAUAGCAGCAGAUAGAUUUGGUCGCCAGAAACUAUGUCUACUGUUCACACUCAUGUAUUCCUUGGCAUGCUUUUUAAAGUUGUCAAGAAGUUAUGGCAUUCUUAUCAUUGGGAGGGUACUGGGCGGUGUUUCCAACUCCCUUUUGUUCACAGCCUUUGAGGCAUGGUAUGUCCAUGAACAUAUGGAGACACACGACUUUCCCAAGGAAUGGAUUCAAGUGACAUUUGCCAAAGCCUCCAUGUGGAAUGGAAUAAUUGCUAUAAUUGCAGGAGUUGUCGCUAAUGCUUCCACAGAGUGGCUGUCUUUGGGACCAGUUUCACCAUUUAUGCUGGCAGUCCCAUGCCUUAUUGCUUCAGGUGUUGUUGUUGGUACACAGUGGAAAGAAAACUAUGGCACCAGAAAAAUUCAGUUUAUGAAGUCCUUUCAGGGAGGACUGAAAGUAAUAGGCACAGAUCAAAGAAUAUUCCUCCUUGGAACUAUUUCAUCUCUGUUUGAAAGUGUAAUGUAUAUUUUUGUAUUUAUUUGGACACCAGUUUUGGAUCCUGGGAAGCCUUCUCUCGGAAUCACAUUCUCUAGUUUCAUGGUGUGCAUUAUGAUAGGGAAUACCCUCUACCAGUUACUGACAUUGAAAAAAGUUACAGUUACAAAUUUACUUGCUACAGCAGCAUUAUUAGCCCUUGCAUCAAGUGUUCUUUGUGUCCUCUCAACUCAUCCAGACAAGACAAACAGAAACCUAUCUUUCAUCGCUUUCCUGGUAAUGGAAGUAGCAGUUGGUCUCUAUUUCCCAGCAAUGACCUUUAUGAGAAGUAAAAUCAUUCCAGAAGCUCAUCACAUUAGUAUCAUGAACUUUUUCAGAGUCCCUCUGAAUUUCUGUGCUUGUUUCAUACUGAUGAUGAUGCAUGAUCCCAACUUCAGACAUGGGAACCGGCUGAUCUUUGUGGUUUGCACUGUGUUGAUGGGAGUGUGUGUAGGUGCUGUUUACAGUCUUAUUGCAUUGAUAAAAAAUGACGAGGAACUGAAAGCUAAACCAAAUGAUGAUGGCUCUUCUAGUGUACUAGUUUAAAGAAAGUUAAACAUCAAAGGAGCUGGAACUGAAUAUUUUGGUAGAUUUGCUUAAUUGGUUAAUUUUCAAAAUGAGAUAUAUAUUGGGUCAGGUGAUUUUUAUAAAGAUAAAAUAAAUAAAAUAUAAAAAAUAUAUUAUUUCAUCGCUCACACCUUAAAUUUUGGUAUGUCAAGCCAGAUAUGCACGCAGUUUGAUUUUCUACAACGAAAUGAUAUGGAAACCCACCACUUAUCUCAUUAGCAAAGAACCAAGUUAUAUAUCGUGUACUUGCUCAAGAAUAUGAACAUUCGGGAUAUGAACGUUGCUUCUUGAAAUUGUGCAAUUAUUAUAAUAACCAAUUACAAUUUUAACAUUGUUACUUGCUUUGCAUAAGUAUAUGCCACUGAAGUGCACUUUGUGUAAUAUUUAAGACCUAAAAUCAGGUUGUGAUCGGGACAUGGAUAGCAAAAGGUUUCUUAUUCAUCUGUCCUAUUGGUUAAUUGCUUUUUAUUGAAUAAAGAAAGGCUAUGGAACCAGAAAA